AUGAAAACAAAAACCAUCAACCCCAGCGCCCACCCUGCCUCAAUCCAGAUCCUUCGACCGGUAUUUUCUUCUCUUACCGAGAACAACACUACUAGCGUUACGACCGCUGCUUCUGCUACUGCGACUAUUGAAUUCGACUCCUCCCGCUCAGCGCAGCCCUUUCUUGAGCCGGAUGUUUUGGCUAGGAUGAGGAAUAGGAAUCGUCAAAAUCGUCAGAGUCAGGGUAGUACUACUACUAGUACUACUACAGAGGCUCAAGGCGAAGCUGAAGCUGAAGCUGAAGAUGAAGAAACUGCCCUCCGCAGAAGGGAGAGAGAGGCCGAAUACGGGAUACAGUGUAGUGCAUAUGUCAACGAAAACCACAGCUAA